AUUUAAUAUAUUAGAAACUACUCAUUAAAUGCAAAAGAAAUCAGUAAAUAUCAUGCCGGCCAUCUUUUCAAAUACCCCACUUACAAUGGUCCCAGCAUAAUUGGGGUGGCCCCCAAAGCUGAGGACUGGAUCUUCCCGCAGCUCUGCAGGACCAGAUGACGCGACAGUGAACAACCGCACCAUCAAGACUGUCUCAGCCUUCUGCACCAAUCCCGAACCCUAUUCCUGCAGACUCUGGGCCAGGACCUAAACCAAAGCUGCAGCUCGCUGGGGCAACAUUGAUUGCCCAAGGUGAGGACUGAGCACAGAUAGCCCUGGGGACUCUCUAGAGCAGACUCCUGAUAGUGCAACCAAUGGCAAGUGUGAACCGCUAGACAGAAUCCUGUCUCCAGGUAACGGAGGCCGAGAAUUGACAAACCCAGGAUGUGGGCGCCUAGGCCAAUAGGAAACACAGACAGCCUGUUACUAAGCAGAAACUGGACUCUAAGCCCUUAAAAAGUGACAAAAAUAUUUUCUACUAGCCAAAUUUAAAUUUUGUUUGUCUUCCACAGCAAUGAGGCAUCCUCACAUGUGACCUGGAUGGGCACUUUAAUUUUUAAAACCAGAUCCCAAUCCCCACCAGGCUUUCAGUGUUCUUUACCCUCACUCACACAUUUUUUAUUUUGUUUCUUUUUUUUUUUCCACACUCUUGAUUUUGAUUGUACCUCUGCCUCAGCCUACUACCAUUCAUAGUGUUUAAACUUUAAGAACCGUGACAAGGAGAAUCAAGGAUCUCACCAGAAUACCCAUGUAUCAAAACCAGUUCACAGACUGGUACAGAUGGAUGUCGGUGGUCUAUGGGGUUGGCACCUGGACUCUGGUGGGCUCAAUGUUUUACUUCAGCCGGAAAAUGACGAAGCCAUCAGGUGAUGACGUAGAGCAAAAGGAUGUGUCAAAAAGUGAAGGACCCAGUGAACUAUCUGAACUCCCAAAAGGGUUUUAUGUGGAAAUGCUUGUCACACAUGAAGAUUUUGUUCCAGUGAUUGACAAGAUCCUCAACUACUGGAAAUCAUGGACUAGUGGCCCUGGUGCAGAACCAGGAUUGGCUGCUGAAUUCUGAAAACCAGGACUUGGUUCAACAUUUACAUUUGAUAGAUGCCUUGAUUCCCAUUUUGUGUUUGUGAAAAGUGUAUGUGUUUACUUUCGCUGUAAAACAUAAUCACUAAUAAUAUGCGAUAAAUAAUUUCUUGAAGGAAAAAAAAAAUGAGGACAGCAAGCAUUUGAGUACAAAUGAUGAUUCCAGGAUGCACUGUAGGGAAGUGGGGAAUGAGACAAGAGAAGGAAGCCUAUGCAGGAUGCAUUCAUAAGUAGAUUCCCACUGUGGGCAACUAUGUUUAAUACUACUGGGGACCUCUAAAAGAUGGCAUGGAAACCAUUAUCCCACUCGAAGGAUAACUUUCAAAUAUCCAGUUGUAUAAUUUCUCUGGUCCGCAGGGAAGCUGGGUAGGCACCCUCAAAUUCCCACACAGGGGCAUUAACUCCAUAGCACUUCAAGCAGAGAGAAAGCCUCAAGCAGGUGCUUAUUGCAGGAUUCCUGUUAGUGGCACAUGCUAGAGAAUGAUGUGUGCCCAGGGAAUAUGGAUGAGGUCCUGACACCUUCUGCUACCCACCUGCUGGUCCCUGAUUGGUUUCUCUCCCCUUUGGCUUUCAGCAGUUCAGCUUAUUUUGCCACUUCUCAGCGUCCUUGAUGCAGUUCUUCUCUUUGCUCCAUCCAGAAGAACUGGUAUCUUUCCAAUGGCCUAUUCAUUCUAAAAUGGAACCACUUUAUUGGUUGUCAUUAACAACAACUGUUAGUUCCUUUGCAGUUUUUAGACCUAAAAACUUUUGUGUAUGCAAUCAAAACACUUAUUGACGAGACUCGAAUACAAAGUUAUAUUUAUUUUCAACAAUGAAAACAACACAACAAAGUGGAGUCAAUCCACUAAUUUUUUUAAAUCGAACACAAUGCUUAGCACAAACUAUACUCAAUAAAUAACACAUUAACCAAGUAACAUUAUUCUUAACACUCUCUAGAGUUGUGUGCGCAUUUUAAGGAAAACUGAGGGGUAGGUAAAGAAAGACAUCCAGCAGACUUGACUGAGAAGGGCUCCAAAAAAAGAACAGCCGAAGAGCAGGGUACCCAAA